AUGGGGCCCGCCGACGCGCCGAUCCUGCCGUCGAAGGAUGCGGCGGAGCCGAAGCGCGGCCGCGCGUUCAGCGUCUUCGCGCUGAUGCUCGGCGCCACGGCCGUCGCCGCCGUCGUCCGGUCGACGACGGUGCUGAGCGCCGUGUCCACGGGCGCGGAGCUCGCCGUGAACGGGCGGGGGCUGUACCACUGCAAGAACGGCUACCCCGACGUGCCCAAGGCCUACGACCGCGACUGGGGCGACCUGACGGGCGACUGGUACGUGGUCAUGCAGAACCCCGCGGACCAGGCGCGCGAGUUCGAGUGCGACCGCAUGGUCUUCGACAUGCGCAAGGACGACGCGCGGCUCCGCCAGUCCAUGCUCUACGAGCGCGAGGGCACGGAUUACUACUGGAACGUCACGCAGGCGGAGUACAAGGACCGCACGGGCGUGUGGAAGGACACGGAGAACCAGUUCUGGAGCUCCGUCUACGCCGUGGGCACGGAGGACGACGGCUCGCGCUGGGUCGGCUGGUACUUCUGCGGGCCGGCGGUCGCGGCGACGAAGAAGGGCAUCUCCUAUAUCCUCAAGGACUCGACGGACGGCCUCACGAAGAGCUUCUACAAGAAGGCGCGCAAGGCCGCGAACGCCGCGGGCGUCAACGACUACGGCAAGAUGGUCGAGGUCGACAUCGAGGACUCCUGCGACUACACGUUCCCGACGGCGGGCGUCUAA